AUGGAAAAACCCCCUACCCUGGAUCUCUACGACGGAACCACCGAUCCGGAAGAACAUAUCCGGAGCAUCGAAGCCGUCAUGGAUUAUCACGUGGUUCGAGGAUCCAUCAAAUGUCGGAUCUUCCCGACCACGCUCAGAAAGGGAGCAAUGAUCUGGUACAUGAACCUUCCUCCCAACUCCAUCCACUCUUGGGCAGAACUCAAGAAGCUCUUCUCCAACCACUUCACGGCCUCCCGCCGACAACCGAAAUCUGAAGCGACCCUCGAAGCUGUCAUCCAGGGUACCGACAAAACUCUCGGAGAAUAUCUCGACAAGUUCAACAAAAAGGCCGUCCAGGUGCAGACAACUGACCAUAUGAAGAGGUACCUCCUCGAACGAGGGCUCCUCCCAGGGAGCGACUUCAAGAAGGCCAUCAAAAUUGAGAAGGUGCGCACCAUGGACGCCCUCCUCCUCAAAGCCCAAGCUUACAUUGCUUUCGAGGAAGGCGAAGCAGCUGUAAAGAAGGCCUCAAGAGGUAACGACGCUGCCUGCAGUUCGAGCCAAGACUGCUCUCUUCCACGCCGAGGCCACGAAAAGAGGAAAGAUGAUAGGUCCCGCGACGCGAAGGAACACAGGGGACCAUCUGGUCGCUUCAAUGAGUACACCCCCCUGAUCGUGUCACGCGAGCGUAUUCUGUCCGAGUGCAAGAGCACCGAGUUCAAAAAUUCCAACGACAAGGCUCCGAGGCCAAACCCCACCAGGCCGGGGACCGAAAAAUCUAAAUACUGCAAGUAUCACAAAAGUCAUGGGCAUCUGACCGAUGAAUGCGUACACCUCAAAGACGCCAUCGAAACUCUGAUUAAGGAGGGCCGCCUUUCUAAAUACACAAAGAAGGGAGAACCCUCCCGAAGGGAAGGUCCAAGGAACUCCGAUGAGGACAAUUCUCCAGAUGGCAGACCAUUGCAAGUUGCCCUGUCCGUCACCCGACCAGAGGACUUCAUACCUUCGGUUGGAGUGACCUCUGCUCUCAGCACAUGGGAAGGAUUCUCGACCGCGAUGGUCAUAUCUAACAGUGGGGAUCCAGGUUCCCUCACGAUCAGCUCAGUAAAGAGAAAGUUUGACGAGUUGAUCAGCGCCAAUUCGGACCUCGACCCAACCCUACAGAAGUUCAAAGGGAAAUCAGAUCCGAUCACCUUCUAUCUGGAGGAGCUCCCCGGCGGAGCCCCGAACGCCACAAUUCCCCUGCUCGUUCGAGCGAGGAUGACAAAUUUUGAUGUGCGUCGGAUCCUGAUCGACGAGGGAAGCUCGGUCGACAUCAUGUAUUCUCAUCUUUUUCAGACCCUCAAACCGGAUCACUCCCAUCUCACUCCGUACGUAGGCUCCGACCUCCCGGGUUUCAACGGGACUACCACCAAACCAUGGGACACGAUCAUUUACCACGAACGCUAA